AUGGACUCGUUCAAUUUGCUCUUGAAAGAAAUGAUGGAGAAGCCGAACCCUGAUGGUUUGAAGAUGAUUUGUUCGAAUCUAGAAGCUUGGGAGAUCUAUAUGCCUUCAAAAGUGAAAGAGAAAGCCCACAGUGCUGUAACUUCCUUGCACAAAGAAGGGUCCUUGGUUGGCCAGGAAGAUAUGCUUCGAUUAUACAGGAUAUUGGCCAAAUACAGCAAAAACAUGGGAGCAGCGAAAGUAUUUGAAAAGGUUGAAGAGCAGGGACGAUUCCGUCAUUCGCUCAAGUUUCACCUUAUGUGGGCUGAAAGUUAUGCUCAGAGUGGUGACUUGAACGAAUUCGUCAAUGUACUAUCCUUGGCGAGGCGUCGUCUCCACGAUUUCCCUUCAGUCGAAGUGGAAGCAGGGUUCAGGGACCUGUUGGACCAGUACUUUCCUGACAGCAAAAUUUUCAAUGAUGACGAGGAAACUAUGGCUGUGCUUAACACCAAUAGAGCUGCUGACUCAAAAUUAAAGAGAAACCGUCGUCGCUCAUCUCUGGCGAAUUUUGAGUACAAAGCUAUGGAAACGCCCAAUCCUACUGUUGAGACGGCUAGUUCAUAUUUCGGCCCAAAUAAACGUUCAAUAUUGCGACAUGUGCUCGUCGACCGUCCUAACGACUCCUACAUUGCACCUUCAAUCGAGGAACUGAGAGAGGCAAUGAUUGCUGACCAGCAAACGCUUGACGACUUCUUUCAUGCACCCAUGGAUAUCACAGCAGUGCAGUCCGAACCGACUGUAAAUGUCCAACCAAGUUCCCAGUUGUCGAACGAGGUACAGUUUCCCGUUUCUUCAGAUAAGAAUUUGGUAUUGUUUCCGAAGAGGAACAGAGUUUUGGAAACGGUUGAAGAAUGCGACUUGGAGUUUUCGAAUGACGAGAAACGUCGUCACGUUCCCUCUCCUGCUCAGCCCACUCGCUCCAGUGUUUCCACUGCACUUCUGCAGAAAUCUCAACCUGAGGUCUUAACGUCAUCCUCAAAUGCUACGUUUAUUAUCGGUUCAUCGUUUACUGAGAAGGCAUAUAACGAUAUGAAGGCUAUGUUUUCGGAUACUGUAGAUAUCAAUCAAGGUAGUCUACGUGGAAUAACCGACGAAACAACUCUCCCAGUCUCUACACCUGUUGUGGAAGCAUUUGAGGUUUUCGUCGAUGAGGAAUUAAGACAACCAGAUUCAGAAGCUAAGGGUGCCGAAAACAUUCCAUCUCAACAUGCUGUAAAAUCACACGAAGAACGUAUUCCAUUCCAAACAGUUUGGCUUUCCAAUAUGGAAGGUGAUUCAAAAGGACGGUUAGAUCCAAAUGUACAGGAAAACUGCCAAAAGAGUGGGCUUGGUGACGUUCUUAAAAGAAGGAGCUCACUGUUUAUCGAUGAUGAAGAAACAGUGGCAGGAGCAAAGUUUUCAGCUUUGGGAAUAGACAAGAAACCUGAUCGUGGAAUUGUGACAUCAACUCCCGCUCACCACACUCUUAAACCACCAUCUCACGAAGACUUUUUUGCACCACUCAAUAAAGAGUUGGAAGAGCAAAUGAGGAAAGAGAAAGAUGAAGAACUCUUGUAUGCUCAGUCUGCAUUUAUGAGACGUCGUUCUCUCGCUCUAUCGAAAUCUAUCACUGUAACGAAGAGUUCUCUCCCCAAGGUUAGGCCAGCUCAGGAUGCUCAGCGCUGUAUGGAAAUAGCGUUGAAUAGAAUGAAUUUGGGAGAGUCGAAAGAUGCAAUAGAAAUGAACAGGGCGGAUUCUGGUGAUCAUACUAAAACUGGAGUGGUGACAUGUCCAUACGUUUCCGUCGGAGAAAUGGCAAAUUUUGGUGGAGAAGCAUUCAAUAUAGUUGCUUUUAUUGGUCAAGGUGGUUACGCGAAAGUGUACAAAACGUACGAGACUCCUUCGUGUCCAUGGGAAGUCUAUAUAUGUUCGGAGCUGAGAACGCGUUUAAACAAAGGCAGAAAAUUUGCUUUGGACAGCGUGAUGCAGGUUACCGAGGCUUAUGUAUUUAUUAAUGCCUCUGUAAUUUUUAGUGAAUAUCACCCCUAUGGGACUCUUCUGGAUAUUUCUAAUAAAAUGAAGGAUCCAAGCUGGUACAUAGUUCUUCUAAUUGCUAUACACAUGGCAAAAAUACUACGUGAUGUACACAAUGUCAAAGUUAUUCAUGGAGAUGUUAAGCCUGACAACUUUAUGAUCCUUAAUAAACUGAAUGAUGGUGAUGAUGUACGGAUGAUCCUUUCUACACCAUUUUUGAGACUUAUCGAUUGGGGUCGGGCGAUCGACAUGCACUUCUUAUCCGGUAUUACUUUUACUGGAAAAAGUGGGACGGAGAAAUUUAACUGCUCUGAGAUGCUGGAUGGUCGUCCCUGGACAUUCCAAACUGAUUACUUUGGUUUUGUUGGCACUUUGCAUGUAAUCAUCUUUAAUAAGCGCCUUAUUAUUCGUCCACUGCUGGAGAAAAUUUUCCACGAUUUCCUAAACAUCCCUGACUGUGACCACUUUCCUGACUGGGACAGAGUUAUUCAGUUCCUGCGGAAGACAAUCGCUGCUGAAGAAGAUGUGCAUGUAAUGAACUCCCUGACUGCAACUACUGGAGAAGGGGAAGCUACGGAAGAGUUUCUUCGACGUGCCACGGCACUACGGGAGGCGAUCGCUAAGAUGAACGACGUCGUGGAGUUGAUCAGACAACUGCACAACCUGCUCAAAGUCUCCAACGACACUCGCGAUGUCGAUCGAGCGCGGCUACAAACAUUGUUUGAGAAAUUGUCACAGAUGUUUAAAGGAUUUGCUAAAGAGCUGGAUAAGGUGGUAGCGGCUGUCAACGAUUGGUGGGCAACUGGUGGCUCAUCUACCAAUUGGAUCUCCGUCUUACUAACCAUCACACAAUCUUUCACUCAGAUGAGUUAUCAAGGUCGAGAAAUGACAGAAAGCGUUAUGCAAGCUCUUCACUCAGUGAUCCUUCGAUUCAGAGAGCAGGAAGUUCCGUUUGAAGAACUGACUCGACCAGUUACUGAAAAACACCUCAGAGAGUUUCAGAUGGCACCUGGUGUCGAAAUUACGGGUGUUAAUCUUUCCGUCGCGAGGAGUGAUGGCGAUGCCUCUGAGCGAUCGUUGAAUAGAGGAACAGAGGUCGGCGAUGUCGAGAAGGCUCUUCAAGCAGGAUCUAUCACGGAAGACGUGCUGGAACCGCUUUCUCUGAAAACUACUGAGAUCAACGAGGAGAACGAUGAGUGUGGUGAGAAGGAUGUAUUGCUCGAGGUCAAGCAGAGAACAGACGAACUGCUUCUUCUUGAGGAAGCCGUGUCGUCGUUGAAUUCCCUGCAUGAGCAUCUCAAUUUCUUAGUGCACACUCAGGACCUCAAGGUAGAUCGCAUCGACACUAAUAUUAGCCAGGCUGUAGAGUACACUGAGAAGGUUAAGAAAGAGACUGAUGAAGCGGUUCAGCUCUACCAACAAGUCAACCAGGUCGUCAUGGUUUCCAUCCAUUGUCCAGCUGAGCAGUCUGACCAUCAUGUCGUGGAACAUCCUGUUGCUGCCUUUGGUGUCCUGCGGAAUGCCGUUCUGCUGUUAUUCUUUGACGCAUCCGACUCACGUGUAACAUAUUCAGCGAUUUGUCUUUCGAGAAUUAAUGGUAACCCUGGAUUGAUCUGUUCACUAAAUCAUUACACAAAGGGCGCUGAAGUCAAGGCAUUAGCACUAUUUUAG